GCAUCAUACUGGAUUUUCUACCAGUUGUUUUAAUCAUUUCUCACGAGUGCAGGUAUAAAGGGCAAUGAACAAAUUGGAAAAUACUCUUGGAGUUAAGCUUGUGAUAUUGGCAACUCAAGAUGGACAAAAAGCAAGGAAAAUAUGUACUGAAUGUUGAACACUCUGAAAAUCAGCCACCAGUCACGUGUCCAAGUGACCAAGAGGCUCACAGCUCCACACGCUGGUGUCCACCUUCAAUGGAUACAACCUGUGAUGUCUCCUCCGACUUGACUGGGGUCUGGGUGAGCCCAGGCAUCCUUCAGCAUUCCAGAUGCCCACAGCCAGAAGUAUGCAAUACACAGUUGAAAGGAAAUUGCCGCAAUGACUGGUCUCUGUGGAAAGUCUUCCUGGCUUGUCUCUUAGCCUGUGUGAUAACGACAGCAAUUGGAGUGCUCAUAAUAUGCCUGGUGAAUAAUAAAGGAAAUGACAAUGUCUCCGUUGUUAUCCAGCUACCAAGAAACAAUGGAGAGCCUACAGUUACCUCACCUGGAACAACCUCGACAACUUCUCAAACUACAGAGACCACUUCAACGGAACCUACAACGACAACCACUUCAACGGAUACCACAACUGCUACAACUUCCACUCAAUCUACAACUUCAGUAACCACAACCGUCACUUCAGCUGAACCUACAACCUCUACCCCUUCAACAGAACCUACAACAACAACCACUUCAACAGAUACCACAACUGCUACAACUUCCACUCAGUCUCCAACUUCAGCAGCCACAACCGUCACAUCAGCUGAAACUACAACCCCUACUCCAUCAACUCAGCUUGCAACCACAACAGCUGUUCCUACCACUUCAAGUGGAACCACAGAUGCCUCCACUUCAACAGACUCUACAACUGCUACAACUUUAAUAACGUCACGUGCUAUUCCAAAUUCACCGUAG